UCAAGGCAGGUUGGGAUUCGAGCGCAGGGGGCACCUUGUUUUGAGGUACUGAUGUCAUACUAGGGCCCUGGCAUGACCAAAUUAGGAUGCCCCGAAUAAUAUUGAAAUAUUAAUGGGAGAAUGUGUCUGAAUCCUGGAAGAAGAUAAAAGGGAUACAAGAAAAUAAAACAUACAAUCGAAUCACGAUUAUAAGAAAUAACCUGUCGUUGGACCGCAGAAGCUGAAAAUUUGUGUCGUGUUAUCACUUUAUACCGGAUCACAGCAUGUCUAUUAUCGGAAUCAGGGACAGCCCUCUGAAGAACGUCCUUCUGAAAGUCAUUGAAUGUCCAAUAUGCGCCGACACGAUGAGAAGUCCCAUCGUGCUGUGUGAAAGUGGACACAGCAUCUGCCAAAACUGCCGGGAGAAAGUGGAAGUAUGCCCGAUUUGCAAAGGAGAAUAUCCAGGAAUACGAAACCGCCUGGCCGAAGACAUCGCUACCCACAUUGCUCUUCAGCGGUGCAAAAACGACAAUAGGGGAUGCCAGGAACUUGUCCCCACCAACGACCUCGACGGCCACGAAGCCGACUGCCCUUACAGACUUUACCUGUGCAGGAUGUGCAAAGGGCGCGUAAUAUUUCACGAAAUGAGUGACCACUUCGAGAAGCUGCACCCGGAGAACGUUAUGAAAAACGGUGUUCCCAGGAGAGUAACAAUCCGAGAGGUUCGGCCGGAUUGCUCCUACACUUAUCAAAUCGAUGCCUAUGAGCGCCUCUUCUGGUUCUGGAGGAAAAACGCUGGGGAUCUUGUGCAUCUCGGAGUACAGUUGGUAGGAAACCCAAGGAAUCAUACUCAUUUCUUUUAUCGUCUAGAAAUAACCUCUCCAGAUCGAGAAACUCAAGUUGUUUUCAAUGCCCCAGUGCACUCAGAAAACGAAAGAGGUCCUGCCUUGAUAACGUCAUCUAAAUGUGCAGUCGUUUCAGCUGAACUGCUCGAUCAGGGAGCUAUUUACAGUGUUUUUAUUUCGCAGUAUGAGAAUUUAGAACCUGUAGAAAAUUCGGAAUCCAAUCUGUAA